AUGCCUGCUCCCUCGUCGAGACACCUCGCGCUGCUUCUCGCUGUGCUCCUGGCCAGCCUCUCGCCCGCCGCCGCGCUGUCUGUGGCGCCGGUUCCGAUCGCGGGCUGGCAGCGGGCCCUGGCUGGAGCAGCGGCCUACUGCUCGGCGACACUCAUCUCCUCUCCCGUCGAUGUGGUCAAGACGCGGCUGCAGGCUGGGAGCCACGGCCCCGCAGGCCGCGGCCCAGGAGCGAGCGCGCUGCGAGUCACGAUGCACCUGCUGCGGACGGAGAGCCUGCUCGUCUUCUACGCCGGCAUCGGGCCCGCGCUCCUCAUGGCGCCGGCCGCCAUGGUGCAGUACGCGCUGAUGGACCCUCUGCGGGAGAUCAUGCCUGUCGGCGCGCUCGACAUCACCAUCAAGUGCCCCUUCGACAGGCUCAAGACUCAGAUGCAGGCGCCAGGCGGCGGCUUUGCCGCGACGCUGGUCCGCGACCUGCCCUACCUGGUCUACACGACGAUGCAGCUCGUGCUCGGGCAGACGCACUCUGCGAACUUGCUCAGCGGCGCCGUCGCGGGCGCCGUGGCGGCGACGCUCGUCACGCCGGCAGACGUAAUCAAGACGAGACUGCAGGUGACGGGGGCAAAGGUGCCGCUCGUCGCGGUGAUGAGGCGCCCAGACCUCCGAAAUGCCAGCGGCGGCUGGCAGCUCCUCGACGAGGGGGGCCUUGGCCCGCGCUUGGCGCGUAUCCCCGUGUACACGGCCGUCACGCUCGCAACCUUCGACCUCGUCAAGGGCCUCUUCGUGCUCAGCAACGAGGCGGCGGCCGUCAAGGGCCAGUACACGGACGCAGAGGGGAAGUGCCGUGUGGAGGCGCUGCUCUUCGAGGAGUUCGGCGCAAUGAGCGCGGGGGCGGAGGAGCUGCUGAGGCGGGUGGCUGAGGUGGCGGGCCGGAAGCUCACAUGGUGGCAGUACGACCAGACGUCGUGGUCGGCGCGCGAAUGGAUGCCGUUUGCGCUGCAGCGACUGCCGGUGCAGCUCUGGGUGGCGCUCGCGGACGAGGCACAGCGCGCCAUUGGUGCGGCGUCACGCGGCCGCGAGGGACUCGGUGCCUUCCAGAGGCAGCUGCGACCCCGCCGAGUAGACGGCUGCACACAGCAGGUGGCGCGGUGUGUUACCGUCCACUCGGCGGGGUCGCAGCUGCCUCUGCGCGUACUGGGGAUGUAA